AUGUCGACUCACCCGUCCUUCCAGUCCGCCCUCCUCGCCGGUGCGCUCGCCGGCACCACCGUCGACCUCUCCCUCUUCCCUCUCGAUACCCUCAAGACUCGUCUACAGUCUUCGGCCGGUUUCUUCCCCUCGGGCGGUUUUCAUGGUAUCUACCGCGGUAUCGGUUCCGCCAUUGUCGGAUCUGCCCCCGGGGCCGCCUUCUUCUUCUGUACCUACGAGGGUGUCAAGGGUCUGCUCGCGAGGAAGGGUGAUGAUACUCCCGUGUCGAGGUGGAGGGAUCCCCUCGUCCAUAUGGCCGCUGCUAGCGCUGGAGAGAUAGCUGCUUGCUCCGUGCGAGUUCCGACAGAGGUCGUCAAGCAACGUGCCCAGGCCGGUCAUCACGGCGGUUCCUCAGGCGCAGCUAUCCGUGCUAUCCUCUCCAAAUACUCGACCCACGGCUUCGUCUCCAUGUGGCGCGAGCUAUACCGUGGCUGGGGCAUCACCGUCUUCCGCGAGGUGCCAUUCACCGUGAUUCAGUUCCCCCUGUGGGAGGCCAUGAAGGCCUGGGGUCGCCGCCGUCGUGGUGGCCGUGAGGUUACUGGAGCUGAAAGUGCCCUCUACGGUAGUAUGGCGGGCGGAUUUUCAGCAGCUCUUACGACACCACUCGAUGUGCUCAAGACAAGGGUUAUGUUAUCCAAGGAGAGAGUUUCAGUCGCAGAGAUCUUUGGCCGCAUGGCACGAGAGGAGGGUAUCCGGCCAUUCUUUGCCGGUAUUGCUCCUCGCGUGACAUGGAUCUCAAUCGGAGGCGCCAUCUUCCUGGGGAGCUACCAAUGGGCCAUCAACACCAUGUCUGGUCUGGCAUGA